CCUAGGAGACCCAGACGGAGCCUAACCUCAAAGUUCCGGCCCCCAUCGUCUUCCUCCUUCACAGUCGAUUAAUAGUCAAAGGGCCCGCUGGAGCCAGGUUCGGGGUUCGAGUCCUUGGUUCGGUGACACGGUGAGUUGUGACGGAUUCGCGCGGCAAAGUUCACCACCGACGCCUCCGGCGACUGUCGCUUCCGAUAGUUUGCGCUCCAUUUCGCUCCACAUCCUCAUUCGACGCGGAAAAAAUUUUUGCCCUUGAGAUACUGAAAACGCCUUAGAGAUUUCAAAAACGUACAAAUUUUAUUUAAUUUUUUGUGUCUUUUUCAGUUUUGGGCCUCCCAAAAAGUUAAGGUGAUUUGUGUUUUUCUUCUGUGUUUUGAAUAGUCAAGAGUCGAUGACCACGGUAUAACUGGAAUUUCUAAGCGAUGGAAUAUUGAAAACGCUGUAGAGAUUUCCAAAACAUAUGCAUUUUAUUUAAUUUUUUUCCGUGUAUGGAUACCUGUGGUAUCCCGGUGUGUGGAACAGUCAAAAGUUUAUGAUCGCAAGUGUUGGGAUAUGUGAGGGCUUCUUUCGGGGUUUUUUGUGAUUUUAUAAGGCUAACAACUUUUUUAAGACAUUAUUAUUUUUGUGGGUGAGUGUUCUUGCAAGUCAAUGAAUACGCGGACUUUAAUGCGCACUGAGAGGAUUAUUUUAAAAAAUUCUUGCUUGAGCUUCGAUAAAAUAUUUUUCAUGAAAGUGAACAUUUUCUCAGUAUGCUUUAAAAAAUUGGCGUGUUAGUUUUUCGAGAGUUUUUCACAAGAGGGGACAUUCAUUCGUUCUUCAAAAAAAUAGUCUCUCAUGAGUGAAGUCUAAUGAACAUAUUCUAUCGGUCAACGCAAUUAAGAAGUCAAUAUCGGCCAGUCAUUCUUUUUUCUUUCGUAGAAUAUUUUCAUUCAAAUGCCAUCAUUGUUCAAAAAUGUUUUAAGGAUAAAACGAAAGCUUUUUGCCUUGUGUGUUGGAAUCAUGUUGAACCGAUGAUUGGCUUCUAAAUAUUCCUCACUUUCUGAAUGUCACAUUAAAAUCGUGCUGUUAUAAAAUAUGAGAACUAUCCAAUUUUAAACCGUUCGACACCACCGGUGUAGUCAGGUUGAAGUUUCCCCCCUUAAUCAAUUCAGAACAUUUGAGCGUGCUCUGUCCACGAAAUAAAAACCAUAUUGGACUUUUAUGAUGUUGAAAAGAAGUUUAAUUUUGGUGCUAGUGCUUAACUGUGCGACGAAAGGCUUAAGUCACCAAGAUAGCUACUUGAGGGAAGCCAAAAAGACCUGUGCUCGAACCGCUGGCGCCUCCUUAUCCUGUCUCAAGUACGAGUUGCUCCUGUUCUUUCAUAGAAUUCUCACGACGAAACAACGGAAUACUCAAGUUGAUUCUUUGAAGUUGGUCAGCCUGCCGCGCCGACUACAAUCCGAUGAGAAUUUUUCACUUUUCGCCUCCACACCCUCUGCUGAAAGGAGGGACAAGGGGGGCACUGCUACGCCCUCGGAAUGGGGGAAGUUGGUGGGGUUCCUGGACCGAGAAGCCUCACAAUUUGUGGCGACGCACGGGCUCCAAAUCCCUCUGCCAAACUGGGCCGCUAAUCUACCCCUCCUCUUCUUCAAAGUCUACCAGAGUCCUGCUCACCCCUCUCCACGUUCAGGUUCAGACCCAGACUCAGGCGCAGAGGACCCAGACCGCCGCGGAUCGACGACCGGAAGCUACAAGAAGUUCUACCUGCUGUUCCCUCUGAUCGCGGUCUUCAAGUUCCUCAUCAUCAAGCUUCUCCUCAUCCCGAUCCUCAUCGGCGUGUUCGCCAUCAAGAAGAUGCUCGUGGCGGCGGCCAUGGCCCUGCCCACCCUCCUCCAGCUCUUCCGCUGCCCCCGCAACCCCCUCGUCCCUGGGGCCCCCGGAGCCGGAGGGCUCCCACCCUUGCCCGCCGGGAACCUCGUGGGCCUCCUCCCGGCCGCCUAUCAGGGCUACACCGCCACCGCCUCCGCCGUCGCUGAGCCCCUGGUCACCGACUACUCCCACUACGGCUACCCCGCGCGCCUACACCCCCCGCCUCACGCGCUCUAUGCUCAUCCGCAUCCCCAUCCCCAUCACGCACAGUGGGAGAACCUUAAAAACUACAAGUCUCAUGAGCUUGACUGAGGCUCGUACGACACCCAGGGGACUGAUCAUUGAAAUUGAUAGAUAAAGCAAUAGACAAAGAAGACAAAAAAAGAUAUGGAUGGAUUAGUGAACGCGGGUGGUUGUAAUGGACAAAGGACGAAGGUAAUAGACUAACUAACGGCAACUC